AUGGCGGUAGGGAGGGCUUUGCUGUUCCUCUUGAUGGUGUCUGCAUUGGUAUCCCCAUUGAUCUCUCCCGUGUCCACAUCCUACACCAAGCCCUGCUUGCCAGGGUGGGUCCUGUUCAACGACCACUGCUACCGAGUUACACCGGAGAAGCUGACAUUCAACGCUGCCGAGGCCUUCUGCCAAGGGUUCGCCCAUCGCAACGGGAGAGGUCACUUGGCGUCGGUACGCAACAACCAAGAAAACGGUUUCAUCGUCAAUCUGGCCUCAUCGAGUUGGACCACAGCAACAGGCGGGGCAGUCUGGAUUGGCUUGGUCAAUGUUCGAGGUUUUCGCAGGUUUUACUCGAGUGAGAUCGUCGGCAAUGGAUGA